AUGGAAUUUAUUGCCACACUCGACGCUCUGGAGAAGAAAAUCACGCAAGUUUCGUUGCUCAACGAGGACAUAUUGUCAGAAUUGGAUACACAAGGCAUUGAAGAGGAAAUAUUAGCCACUGACGCGUACAUGUUGGAAAUCGACAUCAAACUUCGCACGGUACGAAGUGAGAAAGAGGGCGGCCUCCAAUCUUCAAGUGUCGUUACAAUGCCGCGAUCCAAACUUUCGGUUCACACACCAAGCGCCCACUCCGCGGAACCCAUCAGUGACAAACAUGCACAACUAAACCUACAGAACAACAGCCAAACGCUUAGUGAUAUUUCGUAUGUUUCCAACGCUUCACAGUACCACCGACUUCCGAAACUCUCUCUGCCUACAUUUAAAGGUGAUAUUUUACAAUCGCAAACAUUUUGGGACUCGUUUGAAACAACUGUGCAUUUAAAUACAAAUCUAUCGGACAUUCAGAAGUUUAGCUACCUGAAAUCUCUGUUGGAAUGCGACGCGUCUAGAACUAUUGAUGGUUUCGCUUUGACAAACGCUAAUUACAAACGGGCUAUUGAACUGCUGAAAGAACGAUAUGGACAGCAACACAAAAUCACCCACGCAAUUAUGCAGGCACUGCUUCAAUUACCGGCUCCUCUCUACAACCUGCAGAGUGUUCGAAGUUUUUAUGACAAAAUGGAGACACACAUCCGGAACUUGGAAUCCAUCGGCCAACAGCAGGACACGUAUGGCGAUCUACUUGUUCCGGUUAUAUUAGAGAAGCUACCGGCAGACAUUAAGCGAAACCUGGCCCGAGAACGAGGAGAUACUAACUGGAAGCUGUGUGACCUCCGCCGCGCUAUCUACAGAGAGCUCGACAUCAUGGAAGCCGGAAGUGCAUCGUAUCCGGAAGUCGCCCAGUUCAUGAAAACUGCGUCACUCUACGCAGGGACGAACCACGCUAAGAAGGCUAAAUUCGACAAGAGCGAAUCCUUGAAUGUGAAGAAACAAACAUUUUCUUGUCCAUUCUGUCACGAGAAACACAAACCCACAGAAUGUUCGAAAUAUUGCAGCCCUUCCGAGCGAAUAAGCGUAUUCGAAAAGGACAAGCUGUGUUACAAUUGUCUAGGUAUCAAGGAGACGGCCGUCGAUGCAGCUAUCCUCUUCGACGAGGGCUCCCAGAAGUCUUUCAUUACGCAGCAGCUGGCAGACCAACUACAACUUCCGGUUGAUGGUAUUGAAAUGUUGAACAUUGCGUCAUUCGGUGGAAUCACAACGAGAGUCUAA